AUGACCAAAGCUCCUGUUUCCUCUUUUUACGAGCUGGCUCCGCUAGACAAGAAAGGCGAGCCUUUCCCAUUCAAAAAACUAGAAGGCAAGGUCGUGCUGAUUGUGAACGUUGCUUCAAAAUGCGGCUUCACUCCUCAAUACCAGGAACUACAAGAGCUCUAUAAACGCUACCACGAUAAGGGCCUGGAAAUUAUCGGGUUCCCAUGCAAUCAGUUCGGCAAGCAAGAGCCGGGCACGGCUGAGGAGAUUGGCCAGUUCUGCCAGUUGAACUACGGCGUAACUUUCCCGAUCAUGAAGAAGGUCCACGUCAACGGGCCGGACGCCGACCCUGUGUUCGAAUUCCUCAAGGCGGAAAAGGCAGGUGUGCUGGGCUUCAAGGGCAUCAAGUGGAACUUCGAAAAGUUUUUGGUGGACAAGCAUGGCCAAGUCCACGACCGCUACUCCUCGUUGACUAAGCCUGCGAACCUGGACCACACUGUGGAGAAACUAAUCAACAGGUAA